AUGUCUCAUUCGGCAUCCAUUCUCUCGAAAACCCUCCAGUCUAUCACCGUGACCAAGAUCCGCGAGCUCGAGAAGCAGCGAGCACAAUACGAGACCCGAAAGUCCGCGGUGCUCGUCGACGCCGACCGCCACCUCGACCAGGGCGAACGCAUCAGCUGCCUUCUCGGCGGCGUGAGAGAUUUGUACCGCAGCGGCAAGGACAACAACGUCGGGGUCGUCGACAACACCGAGAUGCUCUUGGCCCAGUCGAGGUACGACCCGUCGGUGCCGGCUCAUAUGCUGCGGUCGUGCGAGGGCCUGCUGCGCUCCAAGCUCGAUGUGCAGAGCCACAAGCUCAGCAUGGCACACCUGUACUCGAGCCUCGUGACGGAGUGGAUGAAUCCCGGCGAGCCCAUGGAGGGCGACGGCGGCGGCGGCAGCGAGGAAGAAGCGGCCGAGGAGGAGUCUUCCUUCGAGGUCGUCGACCGCCAGAAGGAACGUCUGCAGAGUCUCUGUGAUCAGUUUGAGAAAGUCGUCUUCACACCCCUGGAGACGGACGAGGCCGAGAUCAACGAGUACCUCGACAGCUUCUUCGACACUUACGAGAAGAAGGAGGUCCUCGCGACUGUGCGGGAUCACGUCCGCAAGACGAGCGUGGCCUUGCUGCAAACGGGCAGGCCGUUCAACGAGAAGACGUUGAAGCAGUGCAUCAGGGGCCUCCUCGAACAGGACCUCCUCAGCGACGAGAAGCAGACCAUGCUCAGGGAGUUCGAGCAGAACGGGGUCGUCCUGAGGGAGAUCGCCGACGUCCUCAACACGCGGUUCGCCGACUUGAAGACCUGGGACUGGGACGCCGGGGAGGAGGGCGUGCCAGUUCUGCCGCGCCAGCAGCUCAACGGCAAGUACCGCAUCUGGAUGGACGAGGACGUGCUGCAGGCCAUCUUCAUUCACUACAUCGGCAUCCGCAGCUGCGUCGACCUCAAGAAAGUCUUGACCCGCGUCGUGUCCGGCGAGAGCGGUCCGUUCUGGAGAUGGCACGCCGGCCCGUCGUUGACCGAGAGGGAGGCACAGCGACGGGCCUUUUAUCUCGGCGAGUCCAUCACCGGGGCGCCAGAAGUAGCCCGUCACUUCACCGCCCGGAAGUUGACAGACGAUGAAAGCAAGUCGCGAGCAAGAGAAAGAGGCGUCUCCUUGGACGCUCCGGUCAGGACCAUCAAGGCCGGCACGAUCGUGGCGCAUCGCAGGGACGACUACAUCGGCAACUUUUGCGUCGCCGCGCUGCCGAGCCGGGUGGACACGCUCAACAACGGACUGUACGCCGACGAAGGGGAGCAGCCGCAGGAUUCCGACGACGAAUAUAACGACGAAGAUGACGACGACGACGACGACGACGAUUACGACCGGGCGAGCAGGUGGGUAACCGGCGGGGGCAACGAGAAGCCGAACAUCAAGCAGGUCCUCCUACGUACCCUCGCUACCGAGAUCAUGGUCCAGCAGGCGCUCCACGGACAGGCCGCCGUGGUGCAGUCAGACCUCAAGUGGUUCGGGGCCAGCCUGUCGCACACGUCCAUCUUCGCCGUCAUGCGCUUCUUCGGGUUCCCCGAGAACCUCGUCGCCUUCUACAGAAAGGUCCUCGAGGCGCCCUUGAACCUGAGCCCGUCGUCGGAUUCCCACCGGGCGGCGAACGAGCCGCCGCCGCCGCCGCAGGCACCGCGCGUCCGGCGCCGCGGGAUGCCCAUGGCCAGGGCGCCGGAGAAGCUCAUCGGUGAGCUGGUACUCUUCGUCAUGGACAUGGCCGUCAACCAGGAGACCGGGCUGCAGCUCUACCGCCUGCACGACGACCUCUGGGUUGCCGGGGACCCGUCGCACACGGCCAAGGCCUGGGGUGCCAUGCGGCGCUUCGCGCGGGUCAUGGGGCUUGAGUUCAACGACAAGAAGACGGGGUCGGUGUACCUCGUCGACCAGGGCGUGUCAAGAGACGAGGCCGUCGCGGCGGAACUGCCCGACGGCCCCGUCGGCGUCGGGCACCUCGUGCUGGACCCGGAGAGCGGCAGGUGGGCCGUCGACCAGGAGAACGUGGCGAAGCACGUCGCGCAGCUGAAGAAGCAGCUCGCGGAGUCGAGGAGCGUGCUGGACUGGGUGCGGACGUGGAACAGCUGCACCGGCCGGUUCUUCGGCCACGCGUUCGGCGAGCCGGCAUGCUGCUUCGGAGAGGAGCACGUCCAGAGCGUCUUGGAGACGUACCGGAAGAUGCAGCGCGACAUCUUCGAGCCGUGGUGCAAGAUCGCAGACGACCAUGACGACGGUAUGGCGGCAGCAUCCAAUGGGGGAACUGAGGGAAAGUACAGCGUCGUCGGCUACGUCAAGUCCAAGAUCGCGCAGCGCUUCGGCGUAUCGGACGUCUCGGACGCGUUUCUCCUGUUCCCCGACCAGCUGGGUGGUCUCGGGCUGCGGAACCCCUUCAUCCCCUUCUUGAUGGCCCAAGAGGGCCUGAAACAUCGCUACUCAGCAACGGAUAUCGUCAAGGAAUACCUCGCCAUGGACCUGGAGGAGUACGAGCUGAAGAAGAAGUACUUCGAGGCCCUGGGCGGCGCCAGGGAGCGCGAGGCCCGCGCGGAGAGGGCGAUCGGCGGCCACUUCGACCCGGCCGACAUCCUGGGUCCCGGCGAAGCAGACGGCUUCAUGGGUCUCGAGGAGUUCGCCGCGCGGCGCGAGCUGACGAGCGCAUCCUUCGGGACCGUGUACCGUUGUCUUCUGAAGACGCCGCCCGUGGCGCAGCCGAGGACGGACCGGGAGGUUGACGACACCCUGCGAAGGCUGAGCAUUCGGCCGGAGAGCAUGUUCGCCGAGGUGAAAUGGGUGUUGCAGAUGUACCACAAGGAGGCGGAGGAGAGGUUCGACGGCCUCAGGCUGGUGGAAAAGCAGUUCUUGCCCCUGGGGGUCAUAGCGAUGAUGAGAAAGAGGGCCGUCCGAUGGGGGUUGGUCCUUUGA